ACAGUGGGGCAACGUGCACAGGUCGAGGUGGCAGCCGAGGGGCCGCCAGUGCGCCAGCAACGGCUUUCGGAGGCAGCUGUCAGGUCACUGCUGUGGUCAGGUUCUGUGGGAGAGUGGGCAGAAGGUUGGCUGCCUCGAGGCGAUGAGGUGAGGGGCCAACCAGGCAACUCCAGGCAAUGCUGAGCGUAGCCCGGCCAGGCCAUCCCACGUCCCCAGGCCACCGUGGGAAGAGUAGCUCACAGCAGGGCACUCCUGGGACCUGUGUCGGGACCAUGAGGGCUCCGGGUCCUUUUCCACGCCCCGGCUCUCCCUCCAGGGUGGAGUCCAGAUCAACUUGCAAGGGGCUGGCUGCAUGGGCUCCUCUACAUUGUAGUACACUGGCUGACCCCUGCAUCCUUCGAGUGGGCAGACCUACAGACGCACACUGCCGGGCUGUGGUUCAGGCUGGGAAGGAGCUUGGUGGCAGUGCCCCCUCCUGGCCCUGGCCGAGGUUCCGAGGCUGUGUGCCCAGCUCACGUGACCAGCAGGCCCUUGAGGGCUCUGGAACCUCGGUCUGGAGGAAGUCCUGGGCUGCACGAGGAGGCCCAGGAGCGGCCACUCUGAUGGGGAGAGGGUGGCCUCAGGCCCUAGUUGGCUGUAGUAGGGCCACAAACCAUGGCAGGUGGCAGAGGCCAGCAGGACUGGUGUCUCCCAGUCCCGAGUCCCGGGAGUAGGAGAGAGUGAGGGCAGCAGACGGAGGUCAGCAGAAGCUCCCGGAAGGGGUGAGGGGCACAGGGCUUGGUCUGGGUACGCCCUGAGGGCGGUCUGGCCCUCCGCUCAUGUGGGAAGCAGCCAGGGUGGCCUGGGAGCCCUGUCUGGCUCGAGAGGUCUCCACCUGGCUUGGGGGUGACCUGGAAAUGGGAGCUCACCUACACUUCCUUGCUGCCCUGCAGGGCAAGUGCUGUGGAGCUGCCCGCUGCAGUGCUCAGGAUGGCCCUGUCUGCUCGGGCCAGGUGAGCAGAGCCACAGCAGCGGGCAGGGCCUUGGCCGCCAGAGAGGCCGCGCUCGGGCCCAGAGUGGCCACUCGCUUCGGACCUGGAGGGAAGCAGAAGGGCCCGCUUUGGACUUUCUGCCACCCACCAGCCCAAGAAGCAUCUGAGCCUUAGAGGCUCCCUUUUGGGCUGGUGCUUCAUGGGCUGGCUCUGCUCCGUCCCUGGGUGUCCCCAUGGGUGCGAUGGGCUAUGGUCGUGCAGGCGAGUGAGCCUGAGGGGGUGGGGAAGGUGCUCUGGCCGGCGAUGUUGGGGCAGGACCGCCUCAUGUCCUGAAGUCCUGGCCUCUGUGCUCACGUGCUGUCGCCUUCUGUGCCAGCCCCUGUGGCACAAGGGCACUGCUGGCCUCGGACAGCAGGGAGCGGGGGAGGCAGGUGGCCCAGUGCCCAGGCAGCCUCGGGGACACAGGGUGGACCAGCCCUAUUAUUGGCCACCGCGGCUCCUUGGGCCUUGCCUACCCCUUCUGGAAGGGGACCCAGACCCUCCUGCUGGCCAGGAUCCCCACAUACCUCACUUGGCAAGCUGGGUGGCCCUGGGCAUUGCUGGAUAUGGCUGUACCUCUGUAUCUCCUGCCCUCAUCACUUGGUGCGAGGUCGGCAGCUGUGCACCUGCCCCAGCCCUCCCCAUCCUGGACAGCCCUGGGGCCCAGGUCCUCCGCACCAGCCUGCAGACACCCGGGCCCCUCGGCGGGGCCCGCGUGCUGAUGGUCAGGCGCUGGAGUGAGCUCUGUUUUUCUAUCUCUCUAAACAGGUCUUCACACAAUGAAUUAGAAAAGCACAGACGAGCCAGACUGAGGCUCUACCUGGAGCAGCUCAAGCAGCUGGUGCCCCUGGGCCCCGACAGCACCCGCCACACCACGCUGAGCCUCCUGAAGCGCGCCAAGACGCACAUCAAGAAACUAGAGGAGCAGGACCGCCGGGCACUGAGCAUCAAGGAGCAGCUGCAGCGUGAGCACCGCUUCCUGAAGAGGCGCCUGGAGCAGCUGUCCGUGCAGAGCCUGGAGCGCGUGCGCACGGACAGCACGGGCUCCGCCGUCUCCACGGACGACUCGGAGCAAGAAGUGGAUGUGGAGGGCAUGGAGUUUGGCCCCGGUGAGCUGGACAGUGUUGGCAGCGGCAGUGACGUGGAUGACCACUACAGCCUGCAGAGUGGCGGCUGCAGCGACGGUGGCUACGGGCCCCCAUGCCGGCGGCCUGGCUGCCCCGGCCUCUCGUAGGCCCGGUGCCCUGAGCUCCUUGGGCCGCUCGCCCACCCAGCCAAGCACGUCAACCCUCCAGCCCUCUCGAGCCGCUCCAUGGGCCCACUGCUGUGCCAUUCUGGAAGCCCCAGCCACCAAGCUGGGCUGCCCGCCUCCGCCCGCCUGCCCCUCCCAGCUGGGCAGGGACCCCGGCACGGGGCGGGCCCAGCUCCCAGGUCCCGGAGCCCAGCGUAGCCGCCCACAGUCUGUCCUCAGAUUCCUAAUCAUUCCAGAAGUAUUAAAUGUCAUUGCUGCAAACUCGGCGGGCGCCGUUUAAGGGCUUAAUGACCACUGCGGGGAGCUCGGACCCCGGCCCGGAUCCCACGAGUGGACCGAGGAAGGAAAGAAGGAAGGCUUGGUUUUCCAUCCAUCCAUCUGUCCAUCCAUCCGUUGGUCCACGUAGGCUCCUGAAGCAUGGACAGAGGGAUCCGUGAAGGGCGGGACUUGGGUGAGCACGCUGGGGCCGGAGGGCUGGGAGGGGCCUUUGCUCCUCUCGCUGUCCAGGGGCAGGGCUGGGUUCCUGGGCCGGCCAGGUCACCCCACGCCCAGCUAGGCAGCUUCUGCUCUUAGGUCCCUCAGAUGUACACGUGCACGCGCCUAGGCACGCCCACCCGCACCUGCACACACGCAGACACGCAUGGUCACCAGACUCAGAGGUCCCUGGAACCCAGAGGGCACAUGCCCCAAGGCGGCUGGCCUUCCCGGGUCACCUGGGCAAACGCUGGCCCCUGCCUGUGCCCAGCUCCCCCUCCCACCCCUGGCCACCCGCCCAGUCUGCACAAGGAAGGGGCUUCUCCCAGCAGGGACUGAGGUGCGCUGGGAGCCGGACAGGUGAGGCCACUGGGUCCUCAGGGGGCUUUCUUGUCUCCCUUUAAAAAAAUCAAAAGCCAAAAAAAAAAAAGGCUGUAUUGCCAAGCAGCCCAGAGCAGGGCUCCUGGGAAAGAGGCUUUUCCAAAAGACAGAAGAAACGUUUUUAAAGAGAGAAAACAGCUCUAAAGAUUCCCGCCAAGUGCCGUGCGCCGCCUCCAUUUCCUGUACGAGAUUUUUGUACUCUAUUUUCCUAGCGUCGUUGCGUCCUUGUUUGCUGAGGGGUGGGAGCGACCCAGCGUCUCAGGGACUCGUCCGUCUGUCACCAUCGCCCAAGUGUGCCUUGUGUCCCGUGUCUGGCCCCACCCCGACCACCACCACCAGCAUCUCCCUUGUGGCUCACGGGGUUCCCUGACCUGCCCAGCAGGUGUCCUCCUCGCCCCCCUCCCAUGGGACAGCCCGUCCAGCAGUCACCACUUCCUGAGGAUGAGAGACUGCAGGCCGGGUCAGGCAUUCGGACACCCAGAGGGAGGAGCCGCAACGCGGUCCUUGCAGGGGCCUGCUGCGUGGCCUGGCCUCCUGGUCCAGAGCCUACUAACCAGAUAAGUAGGUUCUCACCUGUGCCCAGCUUGAACCCCCCACCCCCGCCCUGGGCGAGGGUUCCUGGUCUCAGACAUGGGCAGCUGGUGAAGACGGCUCUCACCCCGGGGAUCAGGCUUGGGCACUAGGAGGCUUCUGCCUUUCGUUCUGAAGUCCCAGACCCCAGGUACCACACAGCAAUAUUUGGGUGUUGGGCUGUGGGGCUGACCCACGCAGUGUCUGCUUUCCCGUCUGGUGCAUUGUAAACAGUUUCCAGAUUGUUCUUCUUUGGUCAUGCCAACAUUCACCCCAGGGUGAGUCGCCUGAGGCAGAAAGGGGUCCCCUGAAGUAGCUCUGGCACAGAGUCUGCCCUGCAGGGGCUCAGAAUGGCAGCUGAAGAGCAGGGGGCGGGACACGGAGCGGGAGGUUGUCCUCUUGCCGGUAACCAUAAGGAAAGCUUCACUGUGGGCAUCUCCCCCCAGCUCCCCUGGGUGCCUGGGGACCCUGCCUGCUGGAGCACACCCCCCGAGUGUCGCUUGUGAGCGCCCCGCAUGCUCCGAGCAGGGCAGGAGCACCCGCGGCUGACAUGCUGCUCCAGGAGACACGGUCCAGGCCCUGGGGUGGCCUGUGUUCAGAAGUGAAGCUUCAGCUCCCCACCCCACCCCAUCUCUGGCCAGCAGAACCCCACCUGGCGACCAGCUGGGGCCCUCGGCCGACCGUCCUGGCAGCUCUACCCGUGGCUUUUCAGGCCAUGGUUCCCGUAUGGGCCGGAGAGUUGGCCUCACUGACCACCCAGGGGUGCUGUGGUCCCAGACGCCCUGCCCCCCCUGCACCAGCAGACGUGUGGGGGGGCAGCCUGGGGCCAGGGUCUGGUGCUAGGAGUUCCACGUCCGUUCCCCGUCGUCCGGCUCCCUGCCACUGCGCAGGUUGCCGUUGCUGGUGGCCGCGGGGCUGGGGCACCCUGUCGCGACCGUGGAUUGUCGGGAGCACACUCAGCUGCUAGGUCCAUAGAAAGCAAACAGGACUGGAACAGGGCCAGCGGGGUGUCAGCGCCUCUCCGUCCGCCCUCCCACGCCCCUGUGAGCCACUGUGGCACUCGGUGGCUGAGACCCUGGACCCCAGGUUCAGGUUGGGGUCUCCACACUCCAGGCCAGAGGCCGGGGAGGCUGUAGGAAGGCUGCCCCCCAGAGCCCUGGGCCGCCUCUGCAGAAUGGGCCUCGGAGGCGGGGGGUGGGGAGGGGGCCAAGCCUGCUUCCCUGAGGCUGCUGCCCGGUACCCACGGCGCCCCGAGGUCCUCGCUCCCCUUUCUGCCCCAGACAAUCCCCACCUGCGGGCGAGGCAGGCUGCCCUCACUCCGCACCCCCCGCUUCUCUCUGGGCCAGCUGACCUGGUGUCCCUUCCCCACUGCUGUGCACCCAAGACUCUGACCCUGGGCCACUUUUAGGGCACUAGGGCAGGCUCAGUGCCAGGGUCUGGGGCCACCCAGGGGGCCUGGUGUUGGCUGGGUGGGCAUAUCACAAGGUCCCCGCUGGAGGGAGACAGGCCACCCACCCUCCUGCUCGCCACCGGGAGGGACGUGCUGCACCCUCUGUCUUUGUAACGUAAAUACAGACUUUAUACCUCA